AUAUGUUUGCAAAGAAAACAAAAGGACUUUGCUUUCGCUAUCUGAGAACUGAGACACAGAAAAUGGCGGCGGCGAAAGCAGCGGUGGUUUUGCCACGGCCGGUGACUUUUGUGAUUGGAAACGCCAAGAAGCUCGAAGAAGUCAAAGCUAUCAUCGGCAAUUCCAUUCCUUUCAAGUCUCUCAAACUCGACCUGCCUGAGCUUCAAGGUGAUCCUGAGGAUAUCUCCAAGGAGAAGGCUCGUUUGGCUGCUCUUCAGGUGAAUGGGCCAGUGCUAGUGGAGGAUACAUGUCUCUGUUUCAAUGCUUUGAAGGGACUUCCUGGGCCAUACAUCAAGUGGUUUCUUGAGAAGCUUGGUCAUGAAGGUCUGAACGACUUACUGAUGGCCUAUGAAGAUAAAUCAGCUUAUGCAUUGUCCGCAUUCUCUUUCUCACUUGGUCCAGGUGCUGAACCUCUUACAUUUUUGGGGAAAACUCCGGGUAAGAUAGUUCCAGCAAGAGGACCAACUGAUUUUGGGUGGGAUCCAGUGUUUCAACCUGAUGGAUAUGACCAAACUUAUGCAGAAAUGGCAAAGGAAGAAAAGAACAAGAUAUCUCAUAGGUGCAAGAAACUUGUCAUAGAUUGGAUUUCAGCUAGUGAUCUUGAGCAAGGUGUAAAAAAAGAGAAUCCGGAUGCAUAUAAGGCCGCCUGGAAGUUACUCAAGGGUGCUGAUGGUAUUCUUGUGCCGGGAGGUUUUGGCAAUAGAGGUGUAGAAGGAAAGAUGUUGGCAGCAAAAUACGCUAGAGAAAACAGAGUUCCAUACCUCGGUAUCUGUCUAGGGAUGCAGCUUGCUGUGAUCGAGUUUGCAAGAACCGUACUCGGUUUGCCAGAUGCAAAUAGCACUGAACUUGAUCCCAACACCAAGAACCCUUGUGUUAUUUUCAUGCCUGAGGGGUCUAAAACGCAUAUGGGAGGCACUAUGAGAUUAGGCUCAAGAAGAACUUAUUUUCAAGCUAAGGACUCCAAAUCAGCAAAACUGUAUGAACCUGAUAUACCCAUCCGACCAAAAAGCCAAAAUAAAUGUUGGACGGCAAACUAAAGGGGAAUGGGAUGAGAUCAUGUUUCAGAUGAAUUGCCGUUUGUGAUCACACAAUGAAUUUAUGAGACAACAGCCAGUGAGUAAAGCUCCCAUGUAAUCUCUGAUCAUAUUCCCAACACAUAAUGUGAAGAACAGGAACAUAACCACUAAAACCCCAACCCCAAAAGAAGAAACAAAGAUCGCAUCAAUUAAUCAUUAAAAUCAUAUAAUAUAUUUGUGGUUUGGUUGUCUCUAUCACACAUGAAGCUGUAAACUUUUUUCGCAUCCAAACCUAUAAGUGAAACUUUGAAGAUCUUCAUAACUUUGGUAAUGAUAUUUCAGAUACUUUGCUGUUCUUUGA